AUGGCAAACAGAAAGAUAACCUUGAAGAGUUCCGAUGGAGAAAAUUUUGAUGUUGAUGAAGCUGUUGCUCUUCAAUGUGAAACCAUUAAACAUAUGAUUGAAGAUGGUUGUGCUGAUGAUGCUAUACCAUUACCAAACGUGACAAGCCAGACGUUGGCUAAAGUUAUUCAGUAUUGCAAGAAACACGUUGAAACCACUGUGGGUGAAGAUCUUCACAAGUGGGAUGCUGUUUUUGUUAAAGUCGGUCAGCAUACCCUGUUCGAUUAUAUCUUAGCUGCAAAUUAUCUGGACAUCAAGAGCUUGUUGGAACUGACUUGCCAGAAAGCUGCCGAUGAGCUCAAGGACAAGACACCGGAGCAGAUUUGCAAAUAUUUCAACAUUAAGGAUGACAUCACCCCAGAUGAAGAAGAAGAGGAGGAGGUUAGGAAGAAGGCUGUCUAA